UUAGUUAGCAGUCAGUAGCUACGCGUACUGCCGCGUGGUCGGAGGUGUCGUGCGUCAUGGCGGCCGGCUUCGUGGGCUCCACCAAGAGUUUCCCGUUCUCCUUCGAUGUGGACGUGGAGGAGGAGCUGGAGGACCAGGGAAGAGCUGUCACCCCGCACCUGAGCAAGAGAAUAGGCAGCGAGAGCCCCACCAGCGCGGUGGGGGCGGAGGCGCCGCGGGAGCUGCCCAACGAGCUGUCGGCGCCCUACGAGGUGCCGCAGUUCCCUAUCGAGCAGAUCGAGAAGAAGCUCCUCAUCCAGAGGCAGCUCAAUGUCAAAGCGGCAGAAUGCGGGCAGUCAGUCCGGUCCUUCGCCGGCAGCGAGGCGGGGGGCGGAGUGCUGGAGGAGGCGGCGCGGCUGCGGGUGCCGGAUGAUGACGAACAGGAGACCAUACUCCCGCAUUUUCAGAGAGUGGCCAUUAGCGGGGAGGAUACUUCUGGGGUGCCCUUAGAAGACUUGCAGCAAGCGUCCUCAUACCUGGUGCAGGCGCUGGAAAUCCGCAAGAGGUACAUGGAGAUGUCUCAGCAGAGCUUCUACGCGAUCACGGCGAGGUUCGUCCGCAGCAUGGAUGCGGAUGCGCCCGCCAACCACGCGCCCAUCUACAAGGUCACCAAGAGCCAUAUAGCAGAUCACAUGGUCCAUCCACCCUUCAAGGAUGGCAAGGACCCUUGGGAGGGUCCCACGCCCCCUGCGAAAGGCUAUACCAUCAAAGUGGACCAUGGGGUGUUCAACCUGUACAAGAAGGGCGAGGAUGGCCAGGAGGCCAGGGUGCCCUACGAGUACAUCACCCUGCAGCAGUAUAUCCAGGAUAAGAUUACCAUGUGCAACAUGAUCUCAGAUGGACCAUUGAAAUCAUUCUGUUACCGUCGUCUUAGUUACCUGUCCUCGAAAUUCCAGUUACAUGUUCUGCUCAAUGAGCUGAGAGAACUUGCCUCUCAGAAGGCAGUACCUCAUCGGGAUUUCUAUAACAUCAGGAAAGUGGAUACGCACAUACACGCAGCAUCUUGUAUGAACCAGAAACAUCUGCUACGGUUCAUCAAGAAGACUUUGAAGAAGCACGCCGACGAGGUGGUGACCCUGCACAAAGGCACGCCCAUGACGCUGAAGGCGGUGUUCCAGUCAAUGAACCUCAGCACUUAUGAUCUGACUGUAGAUAUGCUGGACGUGCAUGCGGACCGCAACACGUUCCACCGCUUCGACAAGUUCAACGCGAAGUACAACCCCAUCGGCGAGAGCCGGCUGCGCGAGGUGUUCCUCAAGACCGACAACUACAUGAACGGGAAAUACUUCGCUAGGAUCAUCAAGGAAGUGGCAUCAGACUUGGAAGAGAGCAAGUACCAAAACGCAGAGCUGCGGCUGUCCAUCUACGGCAAGAGCCCGGGCGAGUGGGCCAAGCUGGCCAAGUGGGCCAUCCAGUACGACGUGCACUCCAACAACGUGCGCUGGCUCAUCCAGAUACCGCGCCUCUAUGAUAUCUUCAAGUCGAACAAGAUAAUGUCGAACUUCCAAGAGUUCCUCAGCAACAUCUUCCAGCCGCUGUUCGAGGUCACCAACGACCCCAACAGCAACAUUGAGCUGCACAAGUUCCUCACGCACGUGGUCGGCUUCGACAGCGUGGACGACGAGUCGAAGCCCGAGAACCCGAUGCUGGACCUGGAGGCGCGCGCGCCGGCGCAGUGGGACGACGACGAGAACCCGCCCUACGCGUACUACCUCUACUACAUGUACGCCAAUAUGACCGUGCUCAACCACUUCCGCAAGGAGCAAGGACUGAACACGUUCGUGCUGCGGCCCCACUGCGGCGAGGCGGGCCCGGUGCAGCACCUGGUGUGCGGCUUCAUGCUGGCAGAGAACAUCUCGCACGGCCUGCUGCUGCGCAAGGUGCCUGUGCUGCAGUACUUGUACUACCUGGCACAGAUCUCGAUCGCGAUGUCGCCGCUCAGCAACAACUCGCUGUUCCUGAACUACCACCGCAACCCGCUGCCCGAGUUCCUGGCUAGAGGGCUCUGCAUCACGCUCAGUACCGACGACCCGCUGCAAUUCCACUUCACUAAGGAACCGCUGAUGGAAGAGUACAGUAUCGCGGCUCAAGUGUGGAAGCUGAGCUCGUGCGACAUGUGCGAGCUGGCUCGCAACUCGGUGCUGAUGUCUGGCUUCCCGCAUGAGAUGAAGCAGUACUGGCUGGGCCCCAACUACAUGAAGGAGGGCGUGGCCGGCAACGACAUCACGCGCACCAACGUGCCCGACAUCCGCGUCUCCUUCCGCUACGAGACGCUGCUCGACGAGCUCACCAACAUCUUCAAGGCCUUGCACUACCCCGGCUACGCCAACGGCUCGGCCACGCCCACCACGCCGCAGCCGCCCGACCUCACCGCGCCCAUCGUCAGCCUCAAGAGACCCUCGCUCGUCUGAUCCGUGACUAUUAACGGCCAGUUUAAAAACAAACAGUUACAAAACUAUUUCUUGCCUUAUUCCAAAUUCGAAAAUAGACCAAAAUAACAAAAAAAAAAAAAGAAAGAUACCUGCUACCUUCCUAUAAGUUUCCCUACCUUUACCUUACCUCGUCGUGGCUGACGCACAAGCCGUGCAUGCCAUCAUAGGAAAAAAAAAGCUACUUAAUACGUAACCAAACCAUUUUUUGAAACGAUUGUUCCUUGUGCAGUAAGAAUAGAUUUUGUAAUGAUAGCGUUAUGAAACUAAUUGAAUAGAUUUAGCGAAGUUUUAUAUUCCCUUUGUUAUCGCGUAUUGUAGAUUUUGUAAAAACAAUAAAAUUAUAUUUCACAA